CGAGAACUACUUCGCCAGCGACCUGGCGGGCCAGGAAGUCACGCUGUACAAGAAGCAAGCGCUGCAGUUGCACACGCUGUUGUACUUAACCAACGUGCUGCACUGGUGCAAAGCCGAGUUGCAAAACGCGCGGUUCUAUGCAGGAAAAGACACCCAUCCACGUCCAAUUUGUAAUGCAAAGCGCGUAUCAAGUUCUAUGUUUGUCAUGCAAAAAAUGGACGGGGACGGGGUUUUUUCUGUGGAUAGGUUCUCGUCGGAGAAGUACGUCUUGG